AUGCACACGAACUCGUCGUCAAGUCUUGACGAAAUAUACGACGAUACAAACAGCGAAAAUCUCAAGACGGAGAACGGGCUUGACACUGAGCAUGAGGACGCGGAGCAGCAGCGUUUGAGCGGAUACAAGGGCGAGUGUGUGGAUGAGUACUGUUCGGGAAGAUGCCGGACCAUGGAUUCUAAACUGAGGAACGAAGGAUCUGACGGUAUCGAUCAGAGAAAGGGUGGCAAGAGUGGCAUGUCCAGCCUGGAAUGGAACAGCAGCGCGGCUCAAGACGAGACGCAUAGGAGAGGUUACGUGUGUGCGGACAGGAUGCUCAACGAGCGGCGUAUCAAGAACUACAGGCUGCUGCGCACGCUUGGAAAGGGCAGUUUCUCAAAGGUUAAACUCGCUGUAUCACAGGAGGGACAGCACGUGGCCAUCAAAAUCAUACCCAGAAACCUGCGAUACAACUCUGUCAACAAGGAAAGCAGGUGCAAACGCGAAGAGCGUAUCUACAGGGAGGCUAUAAUAACAGCUCUCGCCUCUCAUCCACACAUAAUAAAGCUACAUGCAUUCUUCUACAACGAUCUACACUUCUACAUGGUGUAUGAAUACGUGAGUGGCAAGUCAUUGCUCAGCUGCAUUCGUGAGAACGGCGUGCUUGACGAGCCGCUCGCCAGGAAGUUUUUCGUGCAGAUCGUUGAUGCCGUGAAUUUCAUGCAUUCUAACGCAAUUGUCCACCGCGAUCUAAAAAUUGAGAACAUUCUGAUCGAUAAAGGAGGAAAUAUCAAAAUCAUUGACUUUGGGCUGAGCAACUUCUACGACUCAAAGCAGUUUCUGGGCACGUUUUGUGGAUCACUGCAGUUUGCUGCGCCCGAGCUGCUUAGGGGCAAAGUGUACACGGGCCCAGAGGUUGAUAUGUGGUCACUUGGCGUGGUUCUCUAUGUAAUGGUCGUGGGAACACUGCCUUUUGAUGACAAGGACGUCGGCGUGCUGCACAGCAAGAUAAAGAAAGGGCGAUUUAUGUUUCACAGAGAGGUGUCCGGCAGCGCGCGUAAAUUGGUCAGAGGACUGAUUGAGAACGAUGCAAGGAAGCGUUACCGUAUGAGGGACGUGCUCAAAAGCGAGUGGCUGAAUGAAAGCAAUCGGGAUGUAAAGAAGGAUGCGAAGAGCGAAAACGACUCUCAAUAUACACACAGCCAUCCAUACAUAAACCCUACUGUCACGUCCGUGACUGCCAAGACACGGGUACCACACUCCUUUAGCCCGGAGUUCAUUCAUGUUCUGCGCAAAGUGGGCGGAAAGACCUUCGAAAACACAGAGAUGGACAUGCAGGCAUGUGUUAACGAUGUUUCGAUGCUCUCGUGCAUUCGUCCAACCAUCAAAAUGUACCGUUUGUUGGAAAACCACUUUGCCAACAAGGAAUUAUCGCGGUCGGUGGCCACCAGCAGCCGGAAGGAAACUCUGCAUAGGCUUAUUGUGGUCUUGCAGAACGACUGUCCGCGUCUAAACCUCGUUCCCAUGACGGACAUUGUCCAGCCAAAGGUAAAAGUGCAAAAUACGCUGUUGAAAGGCAUUUUCACCGGUAUAAGCUGCAACAACGUUAACAAUUCAGACAGGCUUGGCAAAGCAAUACACAGGUUCUUUAAGCUGCACCAUAUCAAAACGAUGAUUGGUGAGGACAAUUACAGCUGUUUGCUGAAGAUGGAGGGGAUGUACGUAGAGUUUAGCCUUGCAUUUUAUUUCAACGUGGUGAUAAAGAAGCACUACGUGUGUGUGAGGAAAAAGCAUGGGAGCAGAGAGCUCUUUGAUACCGUGGUCGUGUGGCUGAAAGAAGUGCUGGGCAGCCGAGAAAACUGA